CAUGCAAGGAGGAAUGAACAUCUGAGUGAACACUGAAAGACAAAAUUGUGGGACGAACAAUAUUACAUUGACUAAAGAAGCAGAAACUUGACUUCUCUUUUUGAAGCCCAGCUUGAUUGGUCUAUUCAACAGCCUGCAAUGAAGCAACGCCAUCUUCUUGUUUUUAGUUUUCUUUUAGUAGCAAUGACUAUAUUUUGGGUGCAUCACAGGUUUGUCAAGAGCCCCACAAUUAUAUAUCUGAAGUCAGACUGUGAUAAGAUGACAAAAGAAGAGACAGAACUUCAAAAGGAAGUAAAGAAAAUCUUCAAUAAAGUAAACAGCUCAAUUCCAAAGAUCAGCUUCACUCAUUUUAAUAACACAACCAGUGCUAAGAACAGCAAAGCCACCAUUAUAAAUCCUAAAGAUAAGUACUGUGUUGGAGAUUCCUUAACCGUCCAAGUUGAUAUGUUUGAUCACUUGGGCAAAAGGAAGACCUAUGGAGGAGACUUCAUGACAGCAAGAAUAUACUCUCCUGAUGUUAAAGCCAGUGCAUCGGGGAGAGUAGAAGAUCUAAGAAAUGGCAGCUAUCACAUACAUUAUACUCUUUUCUGGCAGGGCACAGUGCAAUUUUCAAUCCUUAUGGUCCAUCCCAGUGAAUUAACUUCAGCAUUAUGGCAAGGGAGAAACAAAGGCCAUGGCUAUGUAGCCUACACAGGAAGCUUUGUAUACAAAGGCAAUGAGGCAAAGGUAAAGUGUGGAUUUGACCUAAAUCAAACACAUGAAUUAUGUGAAUAUUCUAAUCUCAAAGAAGAGGAACAUUUUUAUUGUGAAAAACCUGUGAAUAUUCCAUGUGGGUCCCUGAGGCAAAUGAUGAGUGUUUUUGUAAAAUCUCACUCGUAUCUAAGCGAAGCUGAAAAAUAUCUGUUAAACAGAUCUAAUAUCCGUGUUGAAAUCCCGAAAAAUUUUGAGAAAAUUUCUGUUUCUCUUUGUAAUGGAAAUAUAACGGAAGAAAAGAAGAAAUGCAGCUCUGGAUUGAACUAUACUUUUCCCAGUGGCUAUUUCUACCAGAAUAUGUGGAACCUCCGGUAUUGCAGUAUAAAAAGAUAUCGCAACAUGGACAGUAUUAAUGAAUGUUUGAAAGGAAAAAUAGUGUAUAUGACUGGAGAUUCCACAAUGUUUCAGUGGAUGACUUACCUCAAUAACCAUGUCAAUAGUCUUAAGGCAUUUAACCUUUAUAAUGAAAACUGGCCAAUGACACGUUUAUUUGUGGACUUGGAAAGAAAUAUAAAAAUAGAAUGGAGAAAACACACAAACCCUUUCAUGAUGCUUGUUUUUCAUACAUUUAAGGAGGAGUAUACGAUUCCUGAUCAAAUUGAUCACAUUGGUGGUAACCAAAAUACAGUCUACAUAUUUACUCUAGGAAUGCACUUCCGUUUAUUUCCUUUAGAACAUUACAUCCGAAGGGUCGUUAAUAUAAGACGGGCCAUUGAACAGCUACUUUUACGAAGUCCUGAAACCAAAGUUGUUGUUAAAAUGGAGAAUACCAGUGAAAUUGAUGACAAGAUAGAAAUGAUGAAUGAUUUCCAUGGCUAUGUGCAAUAUUCAAUCCUAACCAAUAUGUUUCAAGGUCUUAAUGUUGCCGUUGUGGAUGCUUGGGACAUGACUGUUGCUUUUGCAAGUGAAAAUACCCAUCCUUCACAAGACGUGAUAGCCAGUGAAAUGGAUUGGUUACUAAGCUAUUUGUGUUAAAAUCUGGAAAUUGCCUAAUAAGAUGUUGACAUACAUACAGAUCUUGAAGAACAACCAAACUACAAAAAUAUAUAAUAUAAGUAUAAUAUGCUACAAACUUCUGUAUUGAGUGCACUUAUUGGAUUUGCUGAAUAAUGGCUUGGGGGAGGGCAUAGUAAGAAAUGUAUCCGUGUUUGCUAAUGACAUAAAACUUUGCAGCACAAUUUAGUUCAUCCAAGUUGUAAAAUCCUUGCAGGGGGAUCUGGACAAGCUAGCAGUCUAGGCAGCUAUCUGGGCAGCUAAGUGGAUUUAACAUUGAUAAAUGAAAAUUUGGGAUUUAAAAAUAUGGAGGCCAUUUAUACUCUUAAUCAGGGUCGGAUUUCUGGAAAGGCCACAAAGGCCCAGGCCUAGGGUGGCAAGAUGUUUAGGGGUGGCAAGCAGGCACCCUUAACAUCUAUAUAACUGUCCAGUCAGCCAAAACAGCCAGCCACAGCACAACUACAUGACUGGCUGUCUGUGUAGUAUGGUACUGUAAAUUUAUAUUCAAGAUUGCCAUUUCCACAAUGCCACCCCUACACAUGACCACAUGCUUUAUUAAAUCUCAUAAAUAUGACCCCUUAUCUUGUCUGGAGAAAAGGGAACCGAUUUGUAUCAGUCCAGCGCACACAGUAUUAUAAUGUCACUCUGAGCGUGGCCAGGCUUAGACAGAUACAUUGCCGGUUCUCUCUUCUCUGCAGGUAGCACAGCAUCUGGGCCUAGGGGGGCAAAAAAGGUAAAUCCGGCCCAGAUCUUAAUGGGAGUAAGAUGGGCAAAUCAUGAAUGGAGAAAGACAUGGGGGACUUUGUAGAUAAUAAACUUGAUUGUAGCAACCAAUGCUAGUCCUCACUUAGCAUAAUGUGCAUUUGUUUUAUAGUGCUCAUGCACACAAAUUUUAGGGUACUUCCCAUUUUUCAAGUAUGAUACAUUCAGAAAUGUAUAUCAUUUUUAAACCUUACACCGCACUUCUAGUGAUGUCAUUUCCUUUGCAAAAUAUUGCAGAAUGGAAUUUCACAACUACAAUUCCCAUAGUAUACAAGUGACUUGUAGUCCCCAUUUGCCAAGUUUGAUGGCAUAGUCCUUAAUGUACAACAUACAGUAUAUAUUUAACACAUAAAGAACUUGCAAACUGCCACACUGGGGCCUAUCCAUGGUGUUCCAAAACAUGGCAUUGUACUUUCAUUUUAACCACUACUUUAAACAUUAACCUUAUAUACUUCCUACAUAAUAGAAAACAACUUACAAGGUCAUUAUGUUUCAUAAAUCUUUCUAGAUCAUAUGAAAUCGUAUUUAUGCCAAAAUGGGUCUAUACUCUAACUUUCAUUCAAACUGUCUAGUUACUGUCUUUUUGUAGCAAUUAUUCCCCUAUUGGCAUUGGUUCUACCAUAUUUAUCACCUGUUGUUUAAACUGUGAUGCUAUACUGUUGUUUAACUUAAAAUGUCUUGUUACUGGUAAUUCAUGUUUAUUUCCUGCAAAAAAAUAUGUAUAUGAAUUCUGUGUUCUUUAAUCCUUUCUUUUACUGAAUGUAUUAUUUCUCUUAUAUACACCUAGCCACAUUUUAAUUGGUAAACUAUAAAAUUUGUGUCACACAUUGCAUAUGUUUUAAUGUGGAUCAUUCUACCAGAACAGGGAUGUUCCAUGAUACCUUUUAAUGAAAGAAUUGCAUGCUUAGACGUACUUAAAAAUCUCCCUUUUUGUUCCAUCUUUUUUGUUACAUCUGACUUACAGUUUAUCCUUACAUACAAAAAAAGGGAACCCUGCUUCCAAAUUGGGAAAAACUUUGCGGCUAUGUGUUCUUUAUAGCUCAUAUUAUCAUAUUUUGUUAAUAAAGGUAUUUUUUUGCAUUUUCACUCCCUAA